GAGCGGAUUCGACAACCAAAGAAGAGAGGGACUGUUAAAAACACCCACCAAAGGAGGAAAACAAAAAAUGCCUGAUGUUUCACAGGUGGGCAUGGAGCUGAAGGAGGAGGUGGAAGAACUCUUGAAAGAGGAAAAAGAGAGAACAUUCCCAUGGUUGGAAAAGUUCGACAUCAACAUAUGGAAGUUCCGAGCCAUGAACCCAGUGGUGAUGAGGAGCCUGGAGGAUGAAAUGGACAUUUCUGAGUGGCAGCCCAUUGCUGAGAGUCUCGGGCUCAACAACGCCCAAAUACAGCGGUGCCAGAGGAGUGGGACCUUCACACGUGCAGUAUUCAACACGAUGGAGGAGUACCCACAGUUCCAGCAUCUCACCGUCAAGAGAUUCCUGGAGAUCUUGAUUCAUCACAACCGCCGAGACAUUCUCUCCAAGAUGGAGGAGUUUGCACGCCUGAUGACAAGCAGUGAGGCUGCCAAGACUCUCACUGUGUCUAUCCAAAGGGAGCCGGAGAUGUUGGUGGCAGCAUCCAGCCUGGCCAGUGUGGACAGCAAGCAGUCAGGGUUUCGGGCAAAGGUGCUGCUGAUCCAUGCUCAGGACACCAAGGAGGAUGCACUGGAGCUGGCAUCUCAGCUGAGGAAUCCGAUGGAUGGCAAGAGAGUGUACAUAUUGCUUCUGCAAGAGUCUGAUAACUCACUAGUUAAGAGCAGCCUGAGGUGUGACCCAUGGAACAGCAUCCACAAAUGGUUCAUGAAGGUUGAUGCUGUGGUGCCGGUGCUGUCGCCUCAGUUUCUGCGUCAGAUUCAGAACAGAGACUUCAGCACAGAGAGUGAGUGGGAGAAACGCUUCAACCGCUAUACCUAUAUCAUGAUGCUGGACCAAUAUGUGGAGUGUGGGAGCAAGAAUCGAUUCUGCCGUGCUGUUUGUCCUGCCAGAUUCCUAGAGGAGGUGAGUAAGAAUGAGCUUGUUAAACUGAGUGGCCUCUUCAAGUACUGCUGGAACUGUUCAUCAGAGAACGAUGUUAGGGAAUGUGCCAACGUCCUGUACAGCAGUGCCAAGGAGUGGAGGAUGUUGAAGAGAAAUUUCAAAGAGAAUGGAUGUAGAUCUGAGUACAGAAGUCCUUAGGAAUUGGCACAAUAAGACCAAUCAUUCUCUCUUAAAGAGUAACUAAGCCAACUUAACUGAACCAGCUAUUUCUGGCAUGGGCUAAAAUAGGCUAUGUUAGAUUACAUUGUUACUUAAGCUAACCUAUCUUGACUCAAGUUAACCUAAUUUAGUUCAUGGUUGAAUGUUCAUGGGAUCUGCUUCAUAAUGCUAAACUUUUGAAGCCUAAAGUUUUCAAAAGUUUAGUAUGUUUGGUAAAUGUCAGCAAUUCCAGAUGAGAUACUUAGAUUAAGUAUGCCAGCGUGCCUGAGGACCAAACAAGAGCAUAUCUACCUACCGUGACCAUCCUUUUAAGGGCAGCAUCCCAUUUGACAACAAAUAUGAAAAUAUAAGUUUUUGUGAAAAAAAUGGGAUUAUCUAUUAUUUCAUAGACUUGUGGUGAAAUGUACAAUUGUUUAUGUUAAAUUCCAUUCAAAGGUCCUGUACUACACCAUGUGUGUUUAUUUAUAUCAUAGGUCUUUUUCCCCUAAGAAAAAUAAAAAAAAAAGGCAAAAUCUUUAUAUUUUUUAGUAAAUAUGAUUUGGUAACAUUGAAAGUGAGUGUGUGUGGUGGUGGUGCCAGGCUGCCAGGCCCUCAGCUCUGCUCAGGACAAUCGGUGCCUGUGUAGUUGUGAAAGGCAAUGGAUGACUCAUGACUGCUGCACAUUAUUUACCUGCUGUAUUCUGUUUUUAGCCUGCUUUGAGCAUUGCCUUCACAGCAAGGUGUGGGCACAGCUUGUGGUGGCUUCUAACUGUAAGCAUCAAACCUAGCAGCAGUGAGGAGUGAGGCCAACUGUGAUAUCCCUUGCUUGACCACCAGAGGAUACUUUGCCUUUAGGGAGGCCAGGGCUGGGACUACCAAUCUGAUAGGCUUAAAAGUACAUCUGAUUGUAUUACCAGAUUGUAGAUAAUCAUAAAAAAAACAUAUACCUGAAAAACUUCCUAGUGUGUUAUAAUAAAUGCAAGACUGAUCGAUAAGCUUCACUGACACUGACUCGUAUCUCAAAAUAUAAACUGUUUUCCUUCUAAAGUUUAUUUUAGGGGCAGUUUUACCUUGAUUUCAUUUAAACAAAAACUAAAAGUUAGAGCAAUGGUUUUCAUUCCAUGUACAUUUGCUGUUUUUUCUGUAAAGUCAGCAUCAUUUAGUAUUGAUAUUUCCAUAAUCCUCCCUCCCCCCCCCAAAAAAAAAAGUUUAAACAAAGACAAUAAAAUUUAACAGCAUGGAAAAGUUCACAUCUAAAUGUGUCUCAGCCAUGAAAAGAUGAGGGUUGUGACCGGAAGUAAUGCCAGAAUAACAUUGGUAAAUUUUAGAAGGGACUGGUGGGGCUAGGAACUAAAAUAGCUAAAUAUUUAAAACUGAUGUAUAUGCUGCUAGUACUUCAGUGAUUGAUGCAUAUUUGUCAGAGAUAUGACAACACUAUUCCUACUCAGACACUCACUUUGAAGAGACUGCAGAGCUGGUGCUGAUGUUUACUUAUGUUAGUUUGAAUUACUGUAUAGAAAAUACUCGUAAAUGUAUGCAUGUCUUGAGUUAUUAACUUACAGGUGCAAUAUCAAUUUAGUGUAUAUAUGAUUUCUUAUGUUAUUUGAAGUUGUUUUUCAUUCUCUCUCUCUCUCUCUCUCUCUCUCUCUCUCUCUCUCUCUCUCUCUCUCUCUCUCUCUCUCUCUCUCCAAUAUUAUUAUUGAAGAAGUAAAUUAAAGAAUAAAGUUAAGAAUUAUCAGUAAUAAUUAUUAUUGUUAUUGUCAUUACUAUAUUUUUGUUAUUACUAUUAUUAUCAUUAUAGUAUUGUCUUCUUAUAUAAAAAUAAAAUAUGUCCUGUAA